AAAGCGGGACUAUGAAGGGUUUCUGUGUUCUCUGCUGUUGCCUGUGGAAUCUCGAACCUCUGCUUUUGCCUUGAGAGCCUUCAAUGUGGAACUGGCUCAGAUUAAAGACUCCAUAACUCAGAAGACUACAGGUUUGAUGCGAAUGCAAUUCUGGAGGGAGGCUGUGGAAGAUAUAUACUGCGAUAACCCACCACAUCAACCGGUUGCUACGGAACUGUGGAGGGCUGUCAAGAGGCAUAACUUGACUAAAAUGUGGUUCAUGAAGAUCAUUGAUGAAAGAGAGAAGAAUUUGGAUGAUAGAGCGUACCGUAACAUCCAGGAGCUUGAAACAUAUGCUGAGAACACUCAGAGUGCUCUCUUGUACCUCACCUUGGAAAUGCUGG